AAAGAACACAAACGAUCGUGCUAAAAGAUAAAAUCGAAAAGAAAAGAAAAUAAAAGAGAAGAAUCUCGAGAGUUAGUCAUUGUUGUCAUCGUCGAGAAGUAGAAGACUUUAACUAUCGUGACCGUAACGCGUAAAAGGACCGGACACGGCAGUUUUUGACGACUGUCUGACGACGACCGACGACCGACAAACCACGAACGACGACAAAUCAUCAACGUCUUUUCAGGAAAAGAACCAAAGAAGAAGGGGGACAGGACGAGUGAAAGCGCGGCGGGAGGGGGGUAAACAGAAAGUUGACGAGAAGCGUGUAAGAGAAAGAUAAAACGAUAAGGAGGAAGAGAAAGAAUAAAUAGAGGGAGAGAGAGAGAGAGAGAGAGAGAGAAAGAGAGCGGUUGGUAAAGGGUGGAGAAGAAAGCGAAAACUGUUUCCAUUAUACAUGAAACUGUUUCGUCGACGAGAUUGGUGACGAUCGUGUUGGAAAGAAAGGAGAUUGAGAUACGAGAUCGUUGAUGAAGAAGAAAUUAGGCUCGAAUCAUGCGACGCUGCGAUUCGACGAGAAAUACGUUGAAAAUUGGAUUAAUUGGCAUCGAGGUAAAAGAGAGGGGUAAAGUAAAUAAUCAGCGUUCAGUCAGCAAGGAGGACUUGUAACGCUGUUUACAUUUUCUCGCCUCGCCUCGCCUCGUCUUUCGACGAUUUGUAUGUGUGCUUGGAACAAAAUUGACGAAAUAGCCUAGUUGUUAUUUCGAUAGUUCGUAUAGCAAACACGACCAGCUUCGAAACACAGAGAAUUAUAGUGAUCGAUACGAUACGGUGAACGUACAAUACGAUAUCGUGAUAUUAUUAUAUCAGUCAGCCUCUGAAUUGGGAUCGAGGGAUUUUCGUUGGACGCGUUUCGAUUCGACGAAUAGGAGGAACACGUUGGUUGGUUGGGACGUCGAAGGAGCUCGUUACUCGAUAAAUUGGAAUCAGUCAAGAACGAACACGGGAAAUUGUUUCGCUUCUAGUUUGGUUAAGCGAACGAUCGAAUAUGGAAAUCGCAGCCUCUGCAAUGUUGGAUGGCCUGAAAAACAAUCGAAUCAGCAAGUUGGCACUGUCGCGGUUCUUGUCGCAGAGUCUACAAAAUUUGUCCAAAGUAUCGAAGAUCGGAUCGGAUCGGACCGUGCCAGGUUUUGUGAUUCGAAGAGAAUAAUUCGCUCGAGGAAGUGUAUUAUCGAGUAAAGAGAAAGAAGAAAGAGAUUGCAAAGUUUAGAGGCGGCUAGAGGUUGCACACGCGUAUAAAUAGGAAAGUACGUUCUUCGUUUUUCGUCUUCUUUCAAUGGAAUAGAUCAUAAACUCGAUAACAGGAAUGUGAACUCUGGUUCUCGCAAUAAUCGUGGUUAAAGACUCUCUCGGAACGAUAAAAUCAUGUGGGCUGCUGUCACGAGGUCGUUGGAAAUACUGGUUGCCUUCUUCGAGUAUUACACCACCAGAGCGCAAUUGGAGACAACCGAUAGCCCGGCGAACAAACCAACAACAUCGACAAGUGGAAGCGGAGCGGCGGGAACUAGCGGUUCGAGCGGUUUGACGACGAGCGGGGCAACCGCGGGAGCUAGCGGAUCGGGAUCUGGCGUAGGAGCCGCGUCUGGUAUCGGAAAUGCGAACGCAGGAACGAGCGGCGCCGGGGCGAACGCGGUUUCCCUCGGCGGCACUAGUAGCGGGUCGGCCGCUGGAACGGCCGAACCUCGCACUCCCACCGCCGGAGUGCAAAACAAACAGCUGCAAAACGUCAAAGGAGAUCAUCCGUCGAAAGCGUUUCUGCAGAGCAGAUCGAUGUCUUUGGUGGACAUGUACAUCGAUAAUUCAGAACCCAGCGAGAAUGUUGGUCAAAUACACUUCAGCUUGGAAUAUGAUUUUCAAAACACUACGCUUAUCUUACGUAUUAUACAGGGUAAAGAUUUGCCGGCAAAGGACUUAUCCGGGACGUCCGAUCCUUACGUCCGCGUAACCCUUCUGCCGGACAAGAAACACCGACUAGAGACGAAGAUAAAGAGACGCACGCUAAAUCCUCGAUGGAACGAAACGUUUUAUUUCGAAGGUUUCCCGAUUCAAAAAUUACAAAGCAGAGUGUUGCAUUUACACGUGUUCGACUAUGAUCGAUUUUCCAGGGACGAUUCUAUCGGAGAAAUGUUUCUUCCGCUAUGUCAGGUUGAUUUUUCGGACAAACCGUCAUUUUGGAAAGCCCUGAAACCACCGGCGAAGGAUAAGUGCGGCGAAUUAUUGUGUUCUUUGUGUUAUCAUCCGAGCAAUUCCGUACUCACUUUGACGCUUUUGAAAGCGAGAAACUUGAAAGCAAAAGAUAUUAACGGAAAAUCAGAUCCAUAUGUAAAAGUAUGGUUGCAAUUCGGCGACAAGAGGAUCGAAAAACGGAAGACACCUAUAUUUAAAUGUACUCUGAAUCCAGUAUUCAACGAAGCAUUUUCUUUUAAUGUACCAUGGGAAAAGAUUCGAGAAUGUUCGUUGGACGUAAUGGUGAUGGACUUCGAUAACAUCGGUCGAAACGAGUUGAUCGGACGGAUUCAACUUGCAGGAAAAAACGGCAGUGGAGCGAGCGAAACGAAACACUGGCAAGAUAUGAUUACGAAGCCGCGGCAAACGAUCGUACAAUGGCAUCGACUAAAGCCAGAGUAAAGGUUUGAACGUAUCUGGUGCUACUUGUAUACGUUACGAGCACAUUGGAAAUCGUCGAUCAAACCUAGACCUGUAACAUCGAGAGUAUCUUCCGAAUUCUCGAGCCCCUUUAACUUUGCCACUAUUUCUUUUCUUUACCUUUCUCUUUUUUUCAUUUUCCGCUGUCUCUUUGUUUCCUUCUUCUCUUAUAUAUCCUCUUCCCGUUUUUUAUUUUCCACUUCGCAUAAAAUCGAUCAAAAUCUACCGAGAUCUUUGGUACGAUUUCGAGGUGCCUGUUGAUUUCGAUUCACGCACUUUUUGCAGUUGAGUAUCGUGUCGAAUCGAAAGUGACAGACAUUCUGUCGGCUUACCCAUACAAAUAUAGUUCACUACGUGGCGUUCCGUUUGGUUUCAUGCGACGACGUUCUUCUGCAUAGAAAAGUACGGAGGAGAUCAACGGUGUACUAGCUUCUUUAUUUUCCCUCGAUUGCUCUAUCGGUUGGCUGGAAAUGGGAAAGAGAACGGAGGAAAGGUCGAGCGUCCAUAUCGAGCGAAAGAUUCCCCUUUCCCCCAGGAUACUUAUGAGCAGAAACUGUUUCCGUACGUUGCGUUACGAUCGAACCAUUUUCUCCGGCGCAACGUCGAUAUUUCCUGUCGGUUAGUUCUUUGUCCUCCUUUUUCUUCAUGCACGACAACGAUUCACGACGAAUAUAUAUCCGUAUUCAACUCCCUCGCGCGAACGAUAACGAGCUCGUUCUCACGCGAGAUCGUGUGCCGCGAUGUUUGAACAUACCGAUAUACGUUUCGAGCGAACGACGAGACGCCCGAAACAGCGACCGAUCGAUAUUACUUUUGCGACUCUAUUGACAUUUAACAUCGAACAUUAUUUUUAUGAGUGUUUUGCACGAGUAAGUACGUACCGAGUACGUAAUACCGUUGCUUCGAAAUACGUUGAUGCGAUUCAGCGUUAACCUCGUCCCUGUUUCCCGUAUAUUCAACCCCGGUGUCUUUCGAUUCUACCAUCAGAUAUCAAAGCGUUACGACAAAGAAAAGAAAUGUUUGCUCGUCUACCAAUCUUCAAAAAAAUUUCCCUUUAUUGCGCGAUUUCUGUUUCAUCCCUUUGCCUCGAUUUUGUGAUUUCUCAUUUUCGCGUCGGCCGUUAAACUCAAUAGAUUAGCAUCUUGUCCAUUGUUGACCGAAGGUAGAAGCAAACUCGGUCAUCUUCUUUCCCCUUUAGUCGCGUUCCCACGAUAUCCUACGUUUCGACCGUUCCGAUUAUUUCGAAACCUCUAUGUGUCAAAAACAAGGUCGCGCUCUUUUUCUUCCAAUUUUUUCUUCUCCCUUCUCAUUUCUGUUUCUUUUCCCUUCGUUAUAUCCGUUGGUUAUUUGGUAGCGUGCAAUUGCUCAUCGCGUACGUGUACGAAUGAUCGAAACGGGGGAACACCGGAAUAUAAUAUUGAAUUCUUAUAAGUAGAAACCAUAAAGCAGCGAUAUUUUUGACGGAAUUUUUGUAUCGACCUAGUCGGAAAUCUUUCGAAAGCGAUAAAAAUUGUGAUCGGUGUUACACCUUGAAUUAAUCUUAAGCGUUACAUUCGAUAGUUUGCUGUUGUUGACGAUAACACGUAGAGAUAUCCCCGAGAUAAAAUUGGGACGACGAUUUGCAGGUUUUGCAUACAUUAUACAUACAUACAUACGUAUAUUCGCAUUCGAAAAGUGUGCGUGUACAUGUGCGUUUGCAUAUACGUGGCGUAUCUGUGUGCGCAACUGCGUUCAUCUCGGUAUAUGUGUAGAGUCGAAUGUGCAGUGCGUCGUGAGACGAAAGCAAAACACCGACAGUGGUAGUGAAUAUGUAGUUGUUGGCAAAGCGAGGGGCGUCGCGUAGCGUGUUUAGCGUAGUGCUUUUACGUUACAAGCGUAGAUGCGAUUUGCGGCUCGAAAACGUCGUACUCGAUGUCGCGGCAAACACAUGCUCCGAGCAGCGUGGUCGACGAAUAUUUUUACAUUCAGUGGUUUUACAAUCUAACGAAUAGCUAGAUAGUCGAGUGUGAAUAAAUACCGAGCUGCUUCUUAAAUGAGCUACGUACCACGCCAGCGAGAUCGAGCGACGAUUUUGCACGCGACGCGGGUACAUCCGAUUCCUCUCUCGCGUACGUGUCAAUCUCGUCUAAUCUUACAUCGAUCUCGUUCGAUCGCACGCACGCACGAACCUACGUAAGUAUGUACGUACUUACGCAUGCAUGCACGUAUACACGCGCGCACGCACUCAUGCACGCAGGACCGCAUACAUAUACACGAACGCAUACACCUGCAUAUGAAGUAGGUCGAACAUUUGCACGCAUACGCAUCGCACAUGUGUGUACACCUAAUUAUCGAGUAGCACAAAAACCAGUUAGACUAACGUUUGUAUAUCGUAGCCUGUGUAUUAUACCGUUACGCAACCGUUGAAAUGCAAAAUGCAAAAUGCAACACGAAACAUUACGAUUUCGCAUAAACCUGUUAGAAAAAAGAAAAAAGAAAAAAAAAGGAAAGAGAGAAAAGGAAAAAAUAAGAAAAGAGAGAAAUGCGCUAAAACGACUCGUUCGACUCCUGUUCGACUCUUUCGAGUCGGAGUCCGAGCUAACGUUUGCACCAGAGGAGUGUCACAUGCACCAGAUCCAUAGCGUUUAGUCGUUAAGCGAACGCGUUCGCAGCGCGUUUAUAAAUAUUAUACGUUCGUAUGUCGCUCGAUCGCGUUUGGUCGAUCGUGAUGGAACGCCUGUUGGCGCGAUUACGCGCGCUCAGAUAGAAAAUUAGCCCCAUAAUCGGAGAAAAAGUGCCAAAAGUAAACGCGAACGACGGAUCGAAGGUGUCUCCCAGCCCUCGAGCGUUUCUUCUCCCUAUUUUCUUUUCCGAUUUUCUCGUUUGCUCCAACGCGCCGCGAUCGUUCGGAAUUUCGAGCGAUCCCGGUCGAUGGAGCUUUCGCGAAACUCGCGCGACAGCAACAACGAUCGGCGGCCGGUGUCAGUGGAAACCGAGUUAGCCGAAGCAACGGACGGAUUAUCUCUACCGUAUACGCUUCUCGCGUGGAUGAAGAUCAUUCACGUGUGGCGCCAGAGAUUCGUUGUUCGAGCGAUCGAUCGUUCAUGUUUGGUAUUUAAUCUGUGUUUUCUCACGCAGAUGGAACGCGCGCUAAUUCUAAAACCUAUUUUAGAGAGUCAAACGAAUCGUCGACAUACAUUGCGUAGUGUAUACAAACUAAGUACGCGUUAAUUCGAACUGGAUGCGAAUUGGGCCUUAUACCAUGGAUUACCUCAAUCGUAAGCAGCUUGCGAGUCAAGUUCCAGUUUGCGAUAACGAUAGAACGAGCGUUAAUAGGAUUUUAGAGCGAUCCCGCGCGAGAAUGGCUCGCUACUCGAUGUCGAUCAGCGUAAUCCAGUCGAUACUUAUUCAGGUUCGAUCAUAGUCGGUAUUUUAUCGCCUAUCCGUAUUACCUCUCUGUUCUCGACACGAUUCACCCUGCUGUAACUCGCGCGAAGUGGCGAGUCGAGAAGUGCAAGUUGUUGGCCUCUGCGUCGGAUCGAGAGCGAGCCGACACGCGGGACUCAUUUGACACGGCGUACGACGCACCGCGUCAAACGAUAUUACUGUCUCGUUUUCUUCUUGGUCUUUCGUUCGAUCGGUAACAUCGUGAAAAGGGAAGGCAGGUCGCCUCCUCUAGUUGUUUUCUGAUUCGCAAAUUUAUCGAAAGUUGAACUUUACGCAUCGACCAUUUCAUCAUCGACUACUACAAGUCUUUAAUCUUGAGAUUGAUAAACGCUCAUCGCGUAGUUCAGCCAUAACUUGACGAAGAAACAACGUAGUCGGGUGGUCAUAAUGCAAGUACACCUACUUAAAGGAGAAGCAUCGUCGAGCUUGUAAACAAAAAGUUUCGAACGAAGGUAAAAGAAGAAAAGAGGUAAUGGAAAAAGUUAUGCUGGAAUAGCUGGCGAGCCGGAUGCUGAUGUGUUUGAGAAUAUAGAAAGAUUAAUAAGCAGGUAGGGAACGUCACAGACGCUAGAUUCGCGAUCGUCCGAAUCGGAAUGGAAAAGAAAAGUGGAAAAAAGAGAUUAUCGUGACAGCGUUAUCGUUUGACAUAUUGCGCGCGACUAUGAGUAUACAUAUCGUACGCGUGCAAACGAUACAUAGGACGAACAGGGUUCCGUCGAUCGGUGGAAGAAGAAGUAAGCGCAAACGAACUCAACGGAAGCAAAAGAGGAAAGAGAAGAUAAGAUGGGUGCGAAAGAG